GAUUGUCUUUCUCCACAAUGGCAGCUUCUUGUCAUACAACUUUCGUCAUGCCUCCUUUUUUUUGGUUUCUGGUCAAGCCAGUUUAACUCCAUUCCAGCUGUGCUCAAAAUUAGCGCUACUACACCUUAUUGUUCUGACGGUGUUAUAUAGAGCAACACCUUUUCCAUAAGCUCACUUGUUUCAUGCCGGACAAAAACCUCAACAUCAGUCUCUCUCACAGACUUCAAACAACACAACACUCAUGCUGGGUUCAGACUACCUGUCUGAUUGAGGAGCUGAGAUGCUGGUUAGAUACAAACUGAGGAUCCUGCUGCAGGGCCUGACUCUGUUCCUGUUAGGCCCAGCCUGUGAAGCCUCUUCUCUGGGGCUGACAGUCCAUGUCGUGCCCCUGGACAGCACUGGAGGAAAAACAGUACGAGCUCAUUUCAGUGCCAUCGCUCCGAGUCCUUGUCCAGCUUUGUCUGGAUUGUGUGCUGUAGGAGAGGACUGUCUGGUCCAUCCUACCUCGUUACCUUUCAAAGGCACCAAACCCACCUCUGGCUGGUGCGUCCGCCAGUGGCAGAAAACUGUCCCCAGUAAUUACAACGCCACCAUCAGUUUAGGGUCCAACACAGAGUUUUACGUAUCUAUGAACGCAGGACCAAAUGUUCGGGCAAACAGUGGGAGACUCAACCAACCUGCUUUUGUUGCUCUCCCUCCUCCACUAAGGGCCCGUGUGAACUGCCCUCACCACUUUCAUUUGUCAGUAAAAGACCUGGAUGGUGACAAGGUGCGGUGUCGCUUCGCCCGCUCCGACCAGGGAGAGUGUCUCGACUGUGCUCAGCAUUCUUUCAUAGAGCUGAAUGAGGAGAAAUGUAUGCUGACAUUCACUGGAAAUGCACCGGCGGGGCAGUAUUUCAUCUACCUGAUGGCGGAGGACCUGAUUCCUGUGCCCAAAAUCAGCCAUGUCAAAAACAAUAAGCCCCUCAGCUCUGUCCCUGUGCACCUCUCUCUCACUGUGGAGGAGUCGACUACCAGCUGCAGUGAUGAACCUGUGUCAGUAGGUGAGACCCCCAAAGAGGACACCACGCUGUUUGCUCUGCCGUACCAGGAGUUGAAGAUCAACAUCAACUUUAUGUCAGAUCUGGAGAGUGUUAUAGAGGUUGCAGUGGUCGGUCCGCCUGAACUCUACAGGUUUGGCUUCAAAACAAUCGGCCCCCUGGCAGUGAUGACCAUGGCCUGGGUCCGCUCCGAAAACAAACUGGCCCGCCUUUUGCCAAUUUGCUUUGUUGCAAACACCAAAAGUUUGCAGUCAGAGCCCAGAUGCAUGUGGCUGUACCAAAGGGAAAUGAGAACACUACCCACUGGAACAGUGCUCAAGUGUGAGAAGACAGAGAUGACUCUGGUGCUCCCUGUCUCCUCCCUUACGAACAUCAACCUGAACGAACUGCAGCUCAACAGCCCCACCUGUCCCGUCACCUACAACGACACACACCUGACUGCACGCAUCUCCUUGACUGGCUGCGGCACCAAGGCUGUGCACUCUGGUUCAGAGCUGGUUUACACCAACACAUUGCAAAGCGUUCGCCCCUUCACUAUGGUCAGCCGCCUGCCGUCCCUCGUCCUCCCUCUGGCUUGUCGUAUCCCUGGAGUCCAGGCCAAGGGACCGCAGUACAAGAUCGGUAUGCCCACAGAGAAGGAGACGUUCGGUGAAAUUAGGGUUUGGAUAGAACUUCACAUGCCAGGACAGGGGCCACUGGCAAAAUUCACAAGUUUGCCGAGGUUUCGCUCCCACUUUCUGCCGGGGCGAGUGCGUCGAGAAGUGGAAUCACCAUCAGAGAGCAACAGUACCAGCCCAACUGACAGCCCCGGCUCCAAUAACAUCACCUCUACUAUCUACACUAACAGCAGCUCCACUAGCACCAGCUCUAUUAGUCUAACUAAUAGCCCCUCUAACAGCACCACUAACAGCUCCAACACCAUCCCCACCACUGCAAGCAGCGGGGGUGUCGGAUCCAGGAUCAGCCAGCUGGAUCUCCAUGUGAUGUCCAACUGCAGCAUCGAUCGAGCCGAGAUGAUAGUGAGCAAUUGUAUUGAGUCUGAGACGGCGGAUUUUACAGUAUACCACAACAUUCUGGACCAAGGGUGUACAAUGUCGAACAGCACGUUAGAGGUUAUUACAACAAAAACUACUUCCAAGGUCUACCGCCUUGAUUUGAGCAACUUGGAGACACAAGGAUCAACGAUGUAUGUGCGGUGCACAGUCAAUCUGUGCAUCACCACCUUGCCCUCUCUGAAGUGCCCUGACAUUUGUACCCGCUCCUUUAAUACAAGAUCUGUGGUUGGCAGUGUGUAUACCAGUUCCUACACUAUCAGCUCAGGACCCAUUAGCCUCGUGGUCACGACUGCUGCACCGACCACUACAACUGCUGCAACCACUGCGACCACUGCUACACCUACUACUACUACUACUACUACACCUACUACUACUACUACGACUGCACAGAACACCACUACCUCACAUGCUCCAGAACAGGCCUCAGCCGUGGCAGCAGGAGUGAUUUUGACAACCAUCUGCAUAUUUCUUCAAAACAUCUUCCUUUACUGAACAUGCUGCUGAACGAUGAAUGCAUCCAGAUUAUGGAGCACUAUAUUUGUCUGCCUGAGCUAUUACUAGUACUGACUCUUCGAUAUUAAUGACGAUAUUAAUUUUGUUAACUACUGUUCACUAAAUCUGUGGAUAAAAUAUAGGUGUAUUUAAAAGUCUACAAACAUUUAAGAUUACUGUGCUCAUGGUUAUAAAGAUCUGUUCCAUAAUAAAUUGUUAUUGAUGUUUUAUUAUAAUGCUGGUGAAUUUCUCAGCUAUUACAAGAAGAAAUGUUGUCGCACAUAGUAACAAAACUAAAAAUUGUGCAGUCACUGGGGGGAAGACAGAGGAUAUUUUAAACAUUAUCAGUCACUGACAUUCUUAUAAUGCAGAUGGAAUAACAACACUAAUGCUGCUACUACUAAUAAUAAUGUUUAUUAUAAAUGUAUGAUGUACAUGUAUGCUGUUAUUCAGUAUUAUGGCUAAAGUCCAUCAUACUGAAAAACUUAAAGAUAAUAAAAAGUAAUAACAAAACAUCUUUUAACUAAAAAAAGACAACUCUGUAUGAUGUAAAGCUACACAUGUAAAACAUAUGAUUAAUAAAAAAAAGAAAAAACAUCAGGUUAAAGGUGUGUAUGAGUGUGGCUGCUCCAGGGAGAUACAGAUAUUUGAAAAGCAGUAGAAAUAGUUUGUUUUGGCUUUUAACAUGCAUAUUUUACCAGAAUUUGGCUGGUGGCUGGUGCUCAUCUUUGUGGGGAUUGGCGUCGACCCUCUGCGAUCCUCUACAAGAUAAACAAGUACAGCUAAAGGAUUGGAUUGGAAGAUUUAAGUUCACAUCUGGAUGAUUCAGAGAAAAGUUGCAGGAUAGGCUUCAGUUCACAGACCUGUUGCAUGUGUAGUCUAAAUGCAAAGUGAUGUUUAGCUUUGUCAGUGUGCAAAAUGGUCAAAAACAGAUGUCCUUACCAGCCAGACACUUUUAGUUAGAAUCUUUUUUAACUGCUGUACUACUACUACUAUAACUUCUAACUACAGAUAGUUUGUGUACUUCCCAUUUUUACAUGAUUUUGAAACGUACUUUUAUAAAUUUGUUGAUGUUUUUAUCAUUCAAAUGUGGCUGGGUGGUUAGUAACACUUUCUUCUUUGGCCUGACAAGCAUAUUUAUUAU